CUAUCCACAAACCCCAUCCAAAACCAUGUCAAGAUAAAUCGAACCACCGUGGAGUAACGCAGGGAGAGGGACGAGACCCGGAAUGGGCGGAGGCAGCGCGCUCCGUCCCAUGGGCCGCGCGGUCGGGGUGGGCGCCGCAAAGGGCGUGCUCUCGGCCGCGGCCGGCGCCGCGACGCCCGCCACGCCCGCGCGCAUCCUCCCCAUCUCCUCCGCCUCUCCUCCUCCCCCCUCCGUCGCCACCUCCUCGUCGGCGGCGAGCUGGCACUCCCACCCUCGGGAGCUGGCCGUCGCCGGGCACCUUGUCUUCGAGCCGGCUCCAUCCAGGGAGGAGGCCGAGGCGGCCGUCUCUGCUCUCAAUCAGUUAUUUGUUCAAGCGACACAUUGCCAUACUUUUAAAGAUGGAAUUUGUUGUUGUCUGGAGGAUGCUGUUGGUGAAAUGCCUAUUUCAUCUGACAUAAUGCAGAAAGAUUGUUCAGCUGAACCAGAAUCAGUGAGGAUUGAGCAAGCACCACAUCUUCAUAUGGAGCAUGCGCUGCAUUUUAAUAGCUUAAAAGCUUUUAAAUCUCAAGGAGGAGAAAAAAUUAUCAAUGCAUUUGACCUAUUGCAGUCAAAUCCAUCUGUUCAGAGGAUGGUUGUUUCUUUGUCAUCUGAUAAAGCUGUGUGGGAUGCAGUUAUGAGAAAUAGGGCUGUACAAGAACUCAAGAAAUCAUUCUCUGCAGUUGGAAGCACUGAACCGCAGAGCUCUAGUGGAGGCCCUGACAUUAAUACCAGAAUUCUAAGGUGGAUCUUGGAGAAUACCAUGAUCAAGAUAAUGGAAUGCAUCGACAAGAUCACAAUGCUGGUGAAUGAGCUCUUUCACCCGGGAGAAAGAGAAAAAGAUAUGGGUGUUUUUGACGAUUUGCUAAGAUCCUCAUUUAUGCUAUCUGUCAUGGUGUUAAUUGUUGUUGUCGUGACACGACUCCAGAGAACCUGAUUGUCCAUUGAGUUGAUGCUUGAACUCUAGUCUGUACUUAUGUUUAUAAGAAUGUAUCAGAACCCUUUGUCUGUGUGUGUAUUGCUUUUGUAGCCUUCAAAACAACCAGUGUUCUUGUUCAAAGUCUGAAAUAAAAAAUACAUAUUUUCUUGAGGGUGUCAA